UGACUUUUGACGUUUAUUUGGUCGUGCAAGUCUCACGCAUUUUAUUACUACAAUAACCUAAAACUGUUAUGAAAAUGGGUAAAAAAAUUAAUAAAACACACGAGACUCACCUUACAAUAUCCGACAAAGGAAAACUACAGUCAGAAAAAGGUGAUUUUCCUUCAGAAAACAAUAACAGUACACAUUCAGUGAAAAAAUCGAAAAAGAAACGAAAACUAGACUUAAAUGGUAGUGUAGUAGAAGAUACACCUGCGCAAAUAAAAAGUGAAGAAAUAGAUGAAAGCAACACCCCAGCAGAUGGUGAAAUCAAAAAGAAAAAAAAGAAAAAGAGAGGUUUGAAUAAUAAAGUACUACAUGAAGAAGUUCAAAAUGACACUGAUAAUAACUUAAAUGCAGAUGAAGUACAUAUCCCAAAGAAAAAUAAGGUAUUAAAAGAUGUUAAACUGGAAUUAGAUGAAGUCCCUGAAAUGGAAAGUCAUAAACCACAAGAUUCAAAGAAAAAGAAAAACAAGAAUAUUUCAGUAAAUGAGGUUAAAAAUGAAGGAGACAUAAUACCCAAAAUAGAAAAUAUAAAAACAAAGAAGAAAAAUAAAGCAAAGAGAGGGGCUCCAUCGUUAAAUGAUGAAGAAGCACAAGUGACAGAAGAAGACAUUGACAAGUUUGUUGAUGAGUUGGAUGAAGAAGACAACAAGCAAUAUGAAGAAUGGGUCAAGUUACUAGAUGCCAGGCUUAGCAAGAAAACUAAAGCGGAGUAGUAAUCUCUUUGGUACUGUACACUAGCGUAAAAGCAACUAUGUGGGUAAAGUUGUGACUGCAUGUAUAUAUUGUGUGGAUAACUUUGAGCACAUACAACACUGAUUUAAACUCAUGAUUUUUACUCAUUAUUAUUCACAAUGACGGCACAUAGUCUGUACACUCCUACUACUACCUACUUAUGCUGUUGGAUAUUUACUUACUGCUGUGGUGCAAUGCCCCAAGUGGAUCUUGGCCUCAUGACACCAAAGACCGCCAUGCUACUCUGUCCAGUUGACACUGCUGAUUUAGGAGUGUGUGCUGAAUAUUUACUAUAAUGAUUUUUAUUUAAGCUUGUAAGGUAUGAUUCUGGAGUCAUACCCAACUUUAUUUACCCAAUAAAAAUAUUUUUUAUAUUUAGAAUGUU